AUGUUUUCAAUGUUACAUAACAUGAAAGAGACAAAAGAGCGCCCAAAGCCUUUUGACUCGAAAUACACCAUGGCUGAUAUGUUUAUAAGUGUACUUCCAGAACUAGAGGCGGGAAAAGAACUCUCAAUUGGCAGCUAUGAAAGCCAAGAUUCGAUCUCUGGGUACCAGACGAGCAGUGUUUUUGAAUCAGAAAGAGAAAGACAUACAACAUCUACACUUCAGGAGACGAGUGAAGAAGUCCGUGAUGAGGAAAGUAGAGAGCUAAGAACAGGGAAAGUGAAGAAGAGAUUGAUGAAAAUGAGAUUGAGCCAGAGAUAA